AACACAACCCGAAACGAUCAUGUGACGCAUAUGAUCUACUCUGGACCUUUUAAAGAAAAGUGAGCUGGAAUUUUCACAACAUCGCGGAAAGUUUUGUGUAGUGAAGGGGACCUGUCAGCUCAAUAGCCUUCCGUAUUUUUCGCGUUUCUUUACAUGGGCUACAUUCACCGAUGUCAGUGACAUAACCGGGUCUAGUUCUCUGCGUCACUUUUUCUCCCAAGCGGAUUCCUAAAACUAAGCCAACGAAAAACAGCACCUCAGUUUCCAGGCUGUUCGUGUCACUGGACUGUAAACCGAAGCCGAAACCAUCGAUACAGUUUCGUCUGUGAAGAGGCUCCAGACUGCAGCCAUGCUGAUGUAUGACUACCCGAUGAAAACAGACAUGGACACGUCGUUGUAUCAGGCCUACCCCUCCCUCAUGAAGUCGCAGCCAGAGGCAUACCCCGUCAUGUUCGCCCCGCCCAGCGCUGGUGCCCAAAUGGAGCCCGUGGACCUGUCCGUCAGCAAACGAGGCUCCUCCUCCUCGUCCCCCUCCCCCCCCUCGUCCCGCAGCUCCCCUGCCUCCCCCUACAGCUUCGGCGGGGUGAUCCAGCAGCAGACCCGGGGCUGUUCCCCCCCGCACAGACGCAGCCCCCCCGGCCUGCCCGUCCACUUCCUGCUGCCGGGCUCUGUGCUCCCCAGCGUCAUGGUGCAGCCCUUCUCCGUGCUCUACCCCCCUCACCUGCACAUGCCCCAGUCCCUCAUGGUGACCCACGACAUGCCAAGCCUGGCCCCCCACAGUCAAGUGUCGUCCCUGAAGGCUGAGAUGAGCCGCGAGCAGAGUGACCUGCCAAAACCCAUCAAGACGGAGCCUCGCUCUGAGCACGGUCAGGAGGCCUACAGCGAGGUGGUGUCAUCCACCGUCAUCACAGCACCACGGUCCUACAGCGAGAACGGCAGCCCCUCUGUGAUCGUGCACCCCGGCAAACACCUCCACCCUGGAGACUCCCCGGAGUCCUUCAAGAAGCGACGCAUCCAUCGCUGUGACUUUGGAGGCUGCAACAAGGUGUACACCAAGAGCUCCCACCUGAAGGCCCACCGCCGCACACACACCGGAGAAAAGCCCUAUAAGUGCAUGUGGGAGGGCUGCACGUGGAAGUUUGCUCGCUCUGACGAACUGACACGCCACUUCCGCAAGCACACCGGGGUCAAGCCCUUCCAGUGUAACAGCUGUGAGAGGAGCUUCUCCCGCUCCGACCACCUGGCCCUCCACAAGAAGCGCCACCUGCUGGUCUGAGCCACGCCCGCACGCCCACCACACCCUGCUCCACCUGCCAGCUGCUCUCUGCUGCAGUGGCUAACUCCGGUUGGGGGAGGUUUCAGUCAGGGUUACCCAGGAACGCCCUGAUGAACGAAAGACAGCGCCAGUGUCACAACUCUCUUUGGAGCAGCGGAUGAGCAUCAUAUGUCCGGCACAGAAGCUCGGACACACACCCCACCCCCUCCCCUGCCCCCCUCCCUGCUGUGUGCGGUGACGUGUGUGUGGUCGCUCAGCUGGCUUGAGCUCAGUUGGUCUGAGAGGAAACGCUCGCUGACCGCGUAAGGCCCAGCACACACCGCUGCGCAGUCACUACAGAAUCCACGUCCCUGCUUAGACCUACUCAAUGUGAAUCUGCUUUUCUUUUCUUUUCUUUUUUUAGGUAUUUGAAUAUAUGCGUCUUUUCUCUAAGGGCUGAAACUGUACUUACUUCCUUUUCGACUAUGUAGCGGAGGUGUGUUUGUGACCCUGAAUGUGCCAUUGUGAGUUCCCCUGGGAGCGCCGAGAGAGAGCCGCAGUGCGCUAGCUCUGGUCCCGCUUCCGCAGGAAGUCUUUCAGCCUCCCCGCUCAGGUCACAGCUGUGACAAUAACUCUGCCGCACAUAGGAAAUGCUGCAUGUAUCCACAAACCGGCAGGGAAGGGUGUCCCAUAAUUCAAAAAAUAAGCUUCUCUCUUAAGCAGGGGUGCCACCAGGCAUUUUGGGCCCCAUGAAAAGCUCUCACAUUUGGCUCCUCCACCCCAGAAAAAAAUCCUGUUCUAAUAUUGUUUGAGGGCCACUUUGCUUCUAUGUUCUUGUGUGUGUGUGCAUUUGGGUGCUAGUGAAGGAUGCCUUCAUAUUUGGGGAUAUGCAGGGAACAGAACGUACCUGUGUGCGUUUGCCUUCAAAGCGUGCCACCAGAACCAGUUACAAACCAGAAGCACAGUAAAUUUGAGUUACAACAUUCAGCUUUCAUUCUCUGACAGCAGCUGGAAUAAUAGACAACAGGCGGUAUUAUUGCACUCAUAGUGGAAUAGAGCAGAAGAAACAGAUAAAUAAAAAAAAGCACUUCAAAACAUGCUGGCCCAUAACUAUUACAUUUAGACAGCAAGUGCAAUCAUAACUGAGAAAUGAUCCGUUUUAGUUCCUGUGGAGUGUCCCCUGUCCAUUCCACUAUGAUAUCUUCUUACUUUGUUGGUCACAAUAUCACCGUUUUCCACAUUAUAAUCUGAAUGUACUUCCAGAUAUGCAGUAUGUCACUAUAUUCAAAAUGACAUGCAUUGAAAUUCUGUCGGCUGCUGGACAUAUAGAGGUGCAGUGCCUGCCCAGGGGAAGGCGGGCCCUUCGAAUACUGGCUUUCUUCCAGGUCAAUCAGUUCUGAACGCGGUCUUGCUCGGUUGAGAGGGAUCGGAGCUGGAUUCUGCCUCUUGGCUCGCUGUAAGUCCGCAAUCCGACACUGAAAAAAGACGCUUCGGGAAAUGGAAAAGGACGGACUUUACCGUCUGACUCCUGUGACGCCUGAUGCAUGUAUCCACGGAUUUGUACAGAAUGGGAAUGUGUGGAGAUCUGUGAGCAAAUUAUCUUUUUGUUGUUGAAAAUGUGAACUCUGUUAUCUGGGCAUUAUUGAGGUAGAAAAAUCGGUUUGGUCUGGGGGAAGCAAUAACGUGUAGCCUCUUCUAUAUUAUCACCAUGUGUAGCUCAAUUACACUUCCUUUUAUGGAAAUCAAGGUGAAAUCCAGGGCGAUGUAUGUGUUUCUUUUUUCUUUCUGUUUGAUUAAAUAUGCUUAACAGUGAACAAAUGUUCGAACACAGUGACUUUAAAUGGCUAGCAUGCACUUUAAUGCACUUCAAAAGCCAAAUAUCAUCUGAUUCCGAGCCAUUUGGUAGUUGCUUUGCCUCUCGUGAAUAAGGUGUAGGCUUCUGUGAUUUCCUCGAACUUGUCAUAUGGGAAGUGUAGUCAUUGUGGACCGAAUGAAAGCAACGUGGCCACUGUGAUUGGACACAGCUUGGCUAAGGUGGUACCCGGUCGUCACUGCGUGUCACCUUUUGUAAUGUCAUAUCCAACUACGUUCCAGAAAAUUAUUAACCUGUUUAUUAGGCACAGUGGAACCUAAUGCGCUGUACCUGGUAACCCAAGACCUAUGGUGCAGUGCAAGUAAAACUGUUAGAUGGCAGCGGUGGUAAUGAAUUCAAAUGUAAUUUCUUCCCUGAUAUUUCUACAGCAGCUGAAUUGCAUAGGGUUCACCUUACAGCUACAUGUCGUCUUAUUUUAUUACUAUGCAGAUUUUUAUAACACAAAUUGUAAUAUAUUUUUAUUAAAUAAGACUGAAUGGGUAAUUAAAGGUUUUUUAAGCAUGAUUUAAUUUUUUAUCACAAAUAAUAUGCAUUUCUGUAAAGAUGUGAAUUUUUUUAUUGAAAUCUUAUCUUUCUUUAGGCGUCUGAGAGGGAACUUUGUAAUGACAUACUGUCAUAACCAAACUGUGAACACAAAUAUAUGCUGUACAGUUGUAUUUGAGCAUUCUUGCAUAUUGUUAUAUUAUGAAUAUAUCAUUUAAUAAACUCUUAUUGAAAAA